AUGGCAGCAAGUAUAAAUCUUCAUCGCAUUGUUUAUCUUUUCAUUUUACUGAUGCGUCGUCGCCGUCGCCGCAUGAGAGCCGCAUGUCGAACAAUUUGGAGUAGAACUUGGAUACAGAGACACCAAAGGCGCGGUAUAUUUGUCAACCUCCUUCGAGAACUCGAAGAAGAUCCUGAAAUAUUUCGACAAUACCAUCGCUUUGACAUAAAUUCUUUUAGAAAAAUUUUAAGGAUGGUGGAACCGUAUAUUAAAAAGAAAGACACAGUAAUGCGAGUAAGUAUCAGUCCUGGAGAAAGAUUGUCGGUUACUCUACGAUUCCUUGCAACAGGUGGGCCAAAAUACAAAACAAAGCGUUAUUGCCCGUUUUGGAUUAUAUACAAAAAAUUGGCAAUGUCAAUGAGUAAUAUUUUUUUUAGGAGAGUCGUUCCGAAGUUUAUCAUUUCAGUACAGGAUAGGAGAACGAACUGUAUCAAAUAUUAUCAGUGAGACAUGUCAAGCUUUGUACGAAGCAAUGAAACAGCAAUAUCUAAAAGUAGGUGGUCACAAUCAUUGCAUAUAA